GACCAUCAUCGUCCUCCCCAGACAACUUGUUUUCUUACACUUUCUGCAUGUGCUGGCGAGUUUUUGAGAAAUUCUCAUGACGUUGCACAAAGGGUAGAGUCAGUGCAAGAGAUAGUGCCUGACACCUGAGAUCAACUGGCACUCUCGCUGCAUCGGACACUAUGCGGACACUGCUGACUUGCCAAGGGACGGGUCCGAGUAACUUGAAGGAGAAAAAAGCGCUGCGGUCAGCAAAGAUGUGGCCUUCCCAUGGACAUCGCACCUCGGUGAUCAGUGUUACCUGGGUUUCAGCUUAGUCCAGCAGUAUUCCACGUAUUCAUGGCGAGACCUCAGAAACCUCCUAAUGCAAGAAAUAGUAUACUCUAAGCCUGUCACUCGAUACUGCACAUCGUGCUCGUCCUCCGUGCCACACACUGCUGCUUGCUGCAUGCCCUCGGCGCAUGGAUGCUUUCAUAUUUUUCUUGGCACCGCUUGCGUUCAAGCUCUCAUGCUUGCUGCACCAUUUGUAUCACUGCUACGAGCACCUUUUCCCCUGGCACUUGUGUUCGUGCCAUACCGCAAACUGGUCCCUUGCUCCCCUUUCCAUUGGUACAUGUUCGACAUAUGUACCUCUUGCAUGCCUCCUCGCGCCCACAAUUCACCCACUAGAAGAGAAGACGAAAUUCAGGUAAAAAUUGCUGUUACUUGUCUGUCUUCAACUGAUUGUAAAACUAUGAAUUUCCCAUCAUUUAUUGGGGCCCUCUACGACAUGCACUCAUACUUCCAGUUGUACUAUGUCAUUGCGUGCAUUCGUGUGCGCUCGUUGUGUUUCGCACACUAUCAACGCCUCGAGUUUACUUCCACAUAGAUGCAAGAGAAUAAGCGGUGAUGAAUCCAUGAAGAAUGCUAAGGUGCGUCGAUAAGGACAAGGCAAGAAAAGAAAAAGGCGUACAUCAAUGGUGUCGGGGGCUUUGGUGC